AUGGCGGCCAAAACUGAGUCGCAGAAAAAGAGUAGAUUAGAUUGGCGGAAAGAGAAAGAGUUAGAAGAAGCUAGAAAGGCUGGUACAGCGCCAGCUUUGACUGAUGAGGAGGGAAAGUGAGUCGAUGCUUAUGAUUCUAUUUUAGUCGAGUUCUGUUUGAUUAAAAGCCUUAUUGUUGAAAGUACUAGCAGCGUUGUUUAGCUGUCAUACUGAAAUUUGUUUUAUUAUAUUUUUCCAGGGACAUUAACCCUCAUAUUCCGCAGUAUAUUUCCCAAGCGCCUUGGUAUUAUGGAACAUCAAGGUAGGAGAACAAAAGAUGAAUAAUUCUCGUACAUUUUGUAUAAAGUUCCUUUGCCCUUUUCAUUCUCCUUUCCAGCUCGUCCUUACUGUCUACACAAACUUGUUCUGACACUUGUGAAAGGAAAUUAAAAGAAUGUUGAUCGCUACAUUUCUUUUGUCCUUUAGGCCUACUUUGAAACAUCAGCGACCUCAGGACGACAAACAGAAGCAGUUUUCUUCCAUAAAUGAGUGGUAUAAGAAAGGAACAAAUUUAGUAAGUAAAGAGCUUGGAAUUUACAAAAAUCUUUUCCCCCUUGACAGCUCGGUCAUGAAAAUGCCAAGGGCAUAUUUGAUUGACCAUAUUUUCAAUAAAAAUACAUGGAAUAAUUUUUUGGCUUUCAUUGCCUGCUAAAUCCAGAGAUCUCAUGUCACCUCACCUCACCUAUCCUCUUUGUGCCUUGUAGCACAUAAAGCCUUCACAGAGUUCCUCCACAUAAUCUCAGUUAGAUGCAUACAAUGGUCUUCUCUUCCUCCCAUUAUUACCACCCUGCUUCUACCCUUUCCUUUUCAACCGUUUGUCUGAAGGUGGGUUUUUAGGCUGUUAGUAGUCCCCUAUUUUUUCCUCAGGGAUAGAAGAGCAUGCGUGAAAAUCACCCCAUGUGAGAAAAGGAGACAUACGGCGGGGAGAGAGAAAAAUGAGGGACUACCGACUCAUUUUUCUCUCUCCCUGCUGCAUGUCGUCUUUUCUCACAUCAGGUGAUUUUCAUGCGCGUUCACGUUUUGCUCACUCUACUAUCCCUGGGGAAAAAUGGGAGACUACUCGUAGUCUAGGUGGUUUUUGGUCUUUCUCUUCUUCUUUUUCGUUCUGGUGACCAAGUCAUUGCUAUGUUGCAGUUGCUGUUUUGGUCCUAUCUUAGUAUACCGCUAUGUCCAAAAUCCAGAAAUCUGGGGGAUAUAAAUAUUUAUUUAAAUCAGUUGAAUGACCUGGAAAUUUUGUCCUGUAAGUGUAUAUUGUUUUUUACAUAUUACAGCUGUAAUUAUAUAAACAGAAAUAUAACAUUAAAGAUCUUAUUAACAUUUAUAGGUGCCAUCUGCUACUAAGUUUAGGAAAGGGGCCUGUGAAAACUGUGGAGCAAUGACACAUAAAAAGAAAGACUGCAUGGAGGUAUUAAAAUAACACUUUUAUCCUUGAUGUCCUUGAAAAUCAGUAUGUUUUAUGCACCAUUGUGUUUCACUAGUCUUUAUGUUUUGGGGAAAAAAUAUUAGGCCACAUUAUUUUUAAUGAAAAUACAAUCAUUUUAUUAUAAAAUUAUUUAUUCAUUCAUAUAUUUACUCUUUGCUAGACAACCCUUGACAUAAUCUCGUUCUCAGAUCUCUCUGUAUUUAGACAGAAAACUGUUUCUUGCACACAACUGGGAGAAGCUAACCAUGCAACAAAAACAACUUUUAAGUGAAAAUAUUUUCUUGAACAAACAGACUUUGCAAAGAAUGAAUAAAUAUUGUACAUGCCUCAGCACACGCAGAUCACAGUACUCGUGUCAUUCCCUCACAAUCAAGGCAGUUUAAGUAACUAAUCAAAAUAAAUGGAAUUUUCUUGCUUGACCAGAUCUCCCCUUAAGCUUUGUUGACCACAAAGGGUUCGAUAUUAUCCUUGAGCAAUCUUGCUGUAAACUUAAACUUGUGACCGUGUGUUUAUAUAUACUGUAUCUUUUAAAUCUUGAGUGGAAACCAGUUGUACACCAAAAGGGCUAAAUUAUGGUUUUUUAGCUUUUAAUUUUCAAAGCAUUUCUAAGAUCAAUGGUAAACAUGACACUUAGUAGAUUCAGUAUUCCUGAGUUGUAGGGUCUUUUUUCUUUUGAGAAUAAGCCAUAACAACAGUUUUACUUACGGGUACUCCUAUUUCAAUGCUUUGAAGGAUAAUUCCUUCCAAUGUAGCGAGGAGAGAGGUUUAAAAAUUUGUCUAAAUUUACCUGAUCCAUGGAUUGUGUGUGGAUCCCUGAGCCACAAGUGAACACCCUUUUGCUAAAUUUCUUUCAGUUCUUUUGGUUUCCUUGAGACACAUAUUUCUAGUUGUAAUUGUUCUUUUCCAAGUGGGCUGAUUACUUCCAUGUACUUUGUGUGCACUGUUCAGAGACCCAGAAGAGUUGGAGCUAAAUUCACUGGAGAUGAUAUAAAACCUGAUGAACAUCUACAGCCACAACUAUCAUUUGAUUUUGAUGGC